UCUACUUCUCAAAGUCACCACCGAGAGCGACCUUGAAAGUCUUCACCUCUACCUACUUUCCAAAGUCACCGACUUUGAGCUUCACCUUGACCUACUUUCCAAGGCCACCACCAGGUGACCUCUGAAUUUCACCUUGACCUACUUUCCAAGGCCACCACCAGGUGGCGAGUGACCUUGAACUGGUCCAGAACCGGCCCUAUAUAACUACUAACAAUUUUUGGGAUUUUACCGUACUCAACAAAAAGGAUUUAGUAUCCAUCCUUUUAACUUGUGUUUCCGAGUACAACCAAUAUAAAUAUUUUAACUCUUGCUCGCCGGAUUUCAACCCCUUUUGAUCCGAGCGUUAAUUUACUACCACCGAUUGUAGCACCCAAAAUAUUGUAUUGUUUCUACAUUUAAGGCCCACACCAUCUCGGCCUUGUAUUUUUCCCCUACCUGUACCGUACUGCUUCAAACUCUUCGUCUUCAGUCUUCGUCGUCCGUCUUCAGUCUUCUAUCGAUACCCUCAAAUUGCUUUCCAUUUGAUCCCUUCUACCCUCUUCCCUUAUUUUCCCCACACUUAGCCACUGGUCUACUCACCGAAUCUGCCGAAAAACCGCUGGACAUCUUCAGGAGCCAGGAAAACAGCUAAGCACCUUCCAAUUCACCGUUAUUCACUUAUGAUUGCCCGUUAAGUUUAUUUAAAAAAAAAACCAUUAAUUCAGUCAUCUUACCAUCCCUUUAAUUAAUUAUUUCAGUCACUUUUGUGUCUUACUGUGAGACGAGAUCUCGUUCCGUGAUUUUUUUGCUUUAAUUCCCUGUUAUCGUUCCACUGCCAUUUCUCAUUCACCAUCAUUCGCCCUACAAUAAAAAUAUUCCUAUAUCACUACUUUUCUCUAUUUUGUCCUCCUUAUUUGUCUUGCAUUUCCAGAUCACCAGGAGCAGGGUUCUAAUUUUUCCUGUACGGCCAAAUUUAACAAAAAUUAGUGGCGCCUACAUUCUCCGAGCAGUUUUUUUCAGUUUCGUCGAACCACCCCAUACCACCGAGAGCAGCUGGAGCCGUAAUGCUAGAUUCUUCCCUUUCCUUCUAAAUUUUCUUCGUCACAACUGUAAGCAACUAGUAGGUGUUCAAACGCUGAUACUGAAGUUAUUUGAUUCCGAAAAUCAUACGAUGUGUUGUUCUCACUUAUUAAAUAUAUCCCUCUUUAGUAUUUUGCAAACGAUAACAGAGAGUUUGUAAUAUAUAGUAGAAAUUUCCUUCCGUUUCUCAGUUCUAUCGUCGUCGCGCAAGAGAAUUAAUUAUUACCAUGUCGUCACGUAAAUCAAAACUAUCACUUAAAAAAAAUCGGCACCAGCUAACAUUUUACAAAACAUGUUGGAAAACAACGCACCGAAAAAAGUGGGGAACAGUAGUACUUAACGGAUAAUAAUCUGUUCCCCCACUCGCCGAAAAAAGUGUUACCGGAUAAGAAUAAACCGUUCCAGACGCCGUUGAUGGAUGGUGACCAAUGUAGUGUCAUUACCAUCCAUUCGGAUAACUCAACAGUCAAGUAAGUAUCAUUACUUUUUUCUUGGAAUUUAUGUAGCAAUGAUAAUUUGUUAUAGAACUCUUGCCCACCUGUGCGAGAAUUUUGAUGUGGAGUUAGUAAUGGCGCAAUUAGACGGAGGUGACGCUGCGGACCAUUUAUGCUCCAGCGAACGAGUUGUCCCAACGCCACAUCUAUCAGAGCGGCAGUAGUCUCCCACUCCGCCAGCAGAAUUUCGCGCUCCUCUUCUACCUCUAGGCAGGUCGGAAAGUCCGAAGACGAACCGGUCGAUCCAAGGGUGUGUGCGAAGAGACGGCGCAAAUGUGGCAGAAAAAAAUUAGAAACCCUGCUGAAAACCCAUGGGCUGGAGGAGGGGUACACACCCGAGAUGCCAUCCACUUCGGCUGUUCCAAUUGCUGCAGCGCGGGAGAUUGCGUCACAAGCGCACCAACUCUGCUGCAGAAGUAUGCAAAUCAACUACAAGAAACGCAGGAUCUCAAUUAGAACGUCAAGUGGAGGCGUCCCGGAUGGAAGAACGAAAAAUUGAACCGUUACAUUUUAAGUUUUGUAAAUGUUUGUGGUAGAAAAUAGUGUAUAUAGUUGUAGUAAAUAAAAGGUUGUAAGAUAGUUUUAAUAAAUAAAAGGUUGUAAGAUAA